UGAGGGGUGACUAGCAUGCGAUUGGGCCGGCGCUCCUACUCGGGGUGUGUUCACAUUCCGCCGGUUACCUGCUACGAAGAAUCGGCGUGCAUUUCGAAAAGCGGCGGACCUGCGGCGGCAUUCUGGACGGCCUUCUUGUACCACUUUCUGUAAAAGUCCGGCGACGACAUGCUGCUACAGAUUUGUGUUGUUCUGCUGAGCUAUAACAUGGCACACAAAGUUGUCUGCAGUGACACUGAAGCCAAAUGCAGGACACGCUGGUUUAAUAGUAACAAAGUCUCAACAGAGGGAGACUCCGAGAUGCUCUCCGACCUUCUGAAAAAGUAUCCUGGGCAAAUCUGUGCUAAUCCUGUAGGCAUCGAAGCGCAGACCAUUACUGGAAUCAAAGCAAAGCAGACGGGCAACACAUACCACAUUUCCACUCAAGGGUUUAAGUGCCUGAAUACAGAGCAGCGAAAGAAGCCAUGUGAAGACUAUAAGGUCUUAUUCAUCUGCACGGGAACAUUUUGCUCAGGUUGUCUCACCCCAUGGUUUGAUGAUGAUGAUGAAACAGGGAUGGGAGAUUAUGAACUUCUGAGCUAUCUUCUCAUGAAGUACCCCAAGGAAACCUGCACCCAUCCUUUGGCCAUUGAGGCCCAGACUCUAUCUGGACUUCCAGCAGAGCAAACUGGCAACGUCUUUCAAGUCUACGAUGCAACAUUUGGCUUUGCUUGUGUCAGAAGCGAGCAGAAAGGCACCAGCUGUGGGGACUUUAAAGUGAGAUUCACCUGCCCAGAGGAGUUCUGCUCAGUUUCUACAGACUGCAAGACAGGUUGGCUCAACAGUGACAGCCCAGUGGAGGACGGGGACAUUGAGACUCUCAUGCGGCUUCAGAUGACUUUCCCAGGAAAGGUGUGCACAGCCCCCAUUUCCAUUGAAGUGCAGACAGUGGCAGGGGUGCCAGCUCAUCUUACGGGGGACAUCUUCCACAUCUAUGACAACAUAUAUGGCUUUGCGUGCAUCAACACCCAGCAGGAGGACCAGACCUGUGAGGACUACAAAGUGAAGCUCACCUGCCCUGCAGAUUUUUGCCAAGAGUGCAGGACAAAGUGGUUUGAUCGAGAUGACCCCAACAACAAGGGAGAUUAUGAGACCCUGGCAGAGCUUCACCAGGAGUAUCCAGGAGAGAUCUGCUCUGAUCCAAUUGGAAUUGAGGCUGUAACCAUUUUAGGAAUUCCUGCCUACCAAACCGAAAAUGUCUUUCAAGUGUAUGAUGCAACGAAUGGCUUUGCCUGUGUGAAUGCUGCUCAGCCAAAUAAGUCCUGCUCAGAUUUUAAAGUCCGCUUCACCUGCCCUUACCUGUUCUGCACAGCUAUGUAAGCAGUGGAGCCUUAUGGGAGUGCUGUGGGUGCCUCUGUGAAAGUUUCAGCAUUCACAUUAUCUUUUCCAAUGGAAUAAAUACAACAUAUAUAAAGGCUUAAAAUCUGAAAUAUACAGCAGCAAACCCAGAUCAUCACGUGUCUUUUCAUACUUCAUUAUUUUUCAGCACACAUAAGCGCACAGGCAAAGAUAUCUCCUGGACUCUGAUCCUACAAGCUCUGUUCUUCAUCCUACAGUCUCUGUUAUUGAUAAUAUUGUUCCUUUGCUCCCCACACAUUUCACAAUCUACCUGAUCUGAAUAGCUUGUGUCUAGAUGCGUUCAAACUCAAUCAGUAAUGUCUUUUCUUGAUCCUUCAGUUGGAUAUGUUCCUACAAACUACACUCCCGCUACUUAUUGUGAUUUUCCCUCUUCUUGCCCCCUUGCUUUUAUAGUCUGAUGUAUUGUUUUGUGCAACUUGUUAUCUUAUCUCACUACUGCACUGUGCCUCAUUCCUACUUGUAUCAAUCACUAUGUUUACAUGCUCUUCAAUAACCCGAUUAUUCACAGAAACCUGAUUUCUAAAGAGCCAUGUAAACCCUUUACAGAAAUUAGCAUCUGAGAAAGCUGGUAAGCAGAGGUAGAUUCCUCUGUGAAUUAAUAGAUUAUGUGGCCAUGUAAACCCUUAACCGGGUUACUGUUAAAGAGUUUUUAGUCUGCACAUGUUCAUUAUACUCUGUCAGCCUGCACGUGUACUUUGCACAACCUUUGGGUAGAAGAAUUUGCAAGAGAAAUUUGCAUGGGCAAAUAUUUGGGUGAUAGCAUUAUUUGAUCCCCUGUCUGAAUAUUUGAGAAAUCGAUAAAUUUAUGUCGAUGACCUGAACUUACAGUGCUAUGCUCAGCAACACAAAUUCGAGAGCAGUAGGGUAACACGUAGAAAGUAACGUGCGUUAUGUAGUCUGAUAACUUUUUAAAGUAGUGAGUAACCUAAUGCAAUUCUUAUCUUACUAAAGUAAAAAUACCAGCUGUGACCAGCUGGGGGUUGCAGCAACCCAAACCCAACUACAACUGCACAAGUCCCGGGAAAAACAAAUUACUUAUUGUGUUCAAAUACCUCACGCAGGCUUUUCUGAAUGUACAAUUUCAGAAAGACUUCUUCCUUUUCAUACACUCACUCACUCUUUCACUCCUCCUCAGUGAGCUUUGUCCUCAUCCACCCGACUCUGCCUCUGAGGAGGAGUGGCUUCCUUUAUACUGCACCCGGGAGUACUUCCGGUUCUGCCACAUUGCAUCCAGGAAGCACUUGUGGGUCAGAAAGAGCCCUCAAAGCUUGACCCCUGCCACGAGUGGAGGAAACCUCUUCCCCAAAGCUCCAUCUGGUGGCUGGCAUGAGUCCCAGCAGGGCUGCCUGUUGGAACUCCAAUUCCCAUGAAGCCCUGCAGGAGUGUAUAUGGGGAACGCACCAGAGAGCUGCUGCCACCUGUCGGACUGGGGAAGCACAUGGCUCCAGAAGAUGGUCUCCUUCCAUUCUUCCAUUAUAAAGGCGUCCCGGCUGGAUAACAAACCAUCCAUCCCAGUCAGAAUGCCACCCAACCCCUGUCUUCUAUGACACUGCGUUAUUGUUAUUCUGGCAGCACUGAAUGUAAGACAGGUCCUUUGCAGGGAACAGCUAAGUAGAAAGAGUUAGCAACUAGUUAUUCGGUAAUGGAAACCUAUAAAUAAGACAUCAAUUUAAUUAAACGUAUUAUUAAACUCCAAGAAAAUGAGUACAAGCUUCAUGCUAUUUUCUCAGAUUCACAGCAACUCUAAAGUAAUACUUGCCCAUGUCAACACAGAUUUUUAAGAAACCAGGUUUCUGCUCAAACCAGGUUAUUCACCUCAAUCUAGUUAUGCGUGUGCAUUAAAAACACACUCAUUUUCUCUCUUCUGUUUCCUUUUGCCCUUUGUUAGAGGAAAGGAAAACGUCCCAUAAAUGUUUUUAAUUUUUACUAAUACAUACACAGAAACAAUAUACACAGCAA